CGGGCGAGGACUGGAUCCCGACGGUCGCCGAGGAGCUGGUCUAACUGCUGCAAGCCUCCAGGAUGGCCAUCCAAUUCCGCUCACUUUUCCCCUUGGCCUUGCCUGGAAUGCUUGCACUCCUUGGCUGGUGGUGGUUUUUCUCUCGUAAAAAAGAGCACAUCGGCAGCCAUGACAAUCAGGUGGAGGCCAGCGCUGUGGAGCUGAGGGCCGACCCUGCCAUCGAGGACCGGGCCCUUGUGGAAGAUGCCUAUCCUGCAGUGGUGUGCUCGCCCCCCAGCGUCAGAUCGCCGGCUGAAAAGGAGCUGGCCGCUGUGAGCCCGCCUUCCAAAGAGCCUCCAGCCUCGCUGCGGGAACACACAGCCUGCCGUAGAUCAGAGUCUUCUGGCAGCCGCUCCAGUACCACGGACACGAGGUUUCGACCUGGGACAUGCAAAGAUGACAGUGCGAGAGUGAAAGCAGCCCAGAUGGGCGAUGAGGCCAGGCCCGUCCCUCCAGAGUGCUCCCUCCCAUCCCCAAAGGCUGUUCGGUCCCCCCAUGAAGCAGCUGAGGUGUGCAGGUCUGAGGCAGGGCGGGGCCCGCAAGGCCGGUCUGCAGCCUUCGCAGAGAAGCAUGGCCCCGGGGAGAAGGCGAGAGAGAUGGGAGCUGAAGGCACUGGCGAUACAGCGUUGGGAGAAGGUGUGCUGGAAGAAGGUGUGUUGUCCCCGGAGCGGGGCUCUGCAUUGCAGAGCAGCAAGGUGCCCAGUCUGGCCCCCUUGGGAGGAGGCGGGGAGGAAGGGAAGAGCAGCCUCCCUCAGGCGGAGGGGGCCCCAGCAGGGACGUUGCUGAGUAGCUUCACCGAAUCGGCUCCCGUGGAGCGGGCCAAGGGUGAUGAAACACCAGCACCCCGGGUCAGAGGUGGCCGAGCCGGGGACGGAGAACUGAGCAAAGAGGAGGCCUUGGAUGAAAAUGAGGAGAUUGAGCAGGCUGCCUUCCAGAUCAUCUCCAAAGUGAUCUCGAAUGCGACUGAAGAAGUGCUGGCUGCCACCAUGGGCAAGGUUGCAGGCUGCACGUAUCAGGCCUCAGCCGGUCAGCUCCAAGGGAAGGGAGAGGAGAGCCGUGCCCCACUCUGCCAGAAAACUGCCCUCGGGCCACAUGCCGCAGAGCCCACCCGGGCCACAGUGGAGGCGGCCACAGUGGAGUCAGCCUUGGGCCCAUCGGACGCUGCCCUCCCCUCACCAGGCCUGCCAGGAGAGGACCUGCCACCACCAAAGACCUAUGUGAGCUGCCUGACCAGCCCUCUGUCCAGCCCCACUAAGGACAUGAAGCCAAAGAACUCUGUGCACCACAUCUCCCUGGCCUCCUGCCCGCCACCACCCACCCCCCUUGGGGAGUCACUGGAAAACACAAGCAUCCUGGUGGGAGAUGCCGGCUGUGUCACCUGCAUGUCUGACGACAGCCAGGGUGUCCCUUCAGUGUCCUCCUCCGGGCAGUGCUCCGACUCCCUCAGCACUUCAGGGCUCGAAGACUCUUGUACAGAGACCAACUCAAGCCCCAGGGAGAAGGCCACCACCUCACCACUGCCGCAAAGUACUGUGCCCUUCAGCAAUGGAGUGCUGAAGGAGGAGUUGUCAGAUUUGGGGACUGAGGACGGAUGGACCAUGGAUGCAGAAGCAGAUCAUUCGGGAGGUUCGGACGGGAACAGCAUGGAUUCAGUGGAUGGCUGCUGUGGCCUCAGGAAGACAGACAGUUUCCAGAAGGCCCAGGCAGGCUCCAAUCCUAAGAAGGUCGACCUCAUCAUCUGGGAGAUCGAGGUACCAAAGCACUUAGUAGGCCGGCUAAUCGGCAAGCAGGGGCGGUAUGUGAGUUUCCUGAAGCAGACGUCUGGUGCCAAGAUCUACAUCUCCACCUUGCCUUACACCCAGAACGUCCAGAUCUGCCACAUCGAAGGCUCUCAGCAUCAUGUAGACAAGGCGCUGAACUUGAUUGGGAAGAAGUUCAAGGAACUGAACCUCACCAAUAUCUACGCUCCCCCACUGCCUUCUCUGGCACUGCCUUCUCUUCCAAUGACUUCUUGGCUCAUGCUCCCGGAUGGCAUCACCGUAGAGGUGAUCGUGGUCAACCAGGUCAACGCUGGGCACCUGUUUGUGCAGCAGCACACGCACCCUACCUUCCACGCACUGCGCAGCCUAGACCAGCAGAUGUACCUCUGCUACUCUCAGCCUGGAAUCCCCACCUUGCCCACCCCGGUGGAAAUAACGGUCAUCUGCGCAGCACCCGGUGUGGACGGCGCCUGGUGGCGAGCCCAGGUGGUGGCCUCCUACGAGGAGACGAACGAAGUCGAGAUUCGCUACGUGGACUAUGGCGGAUAUAAGAGAGUGAACGUAGACGUGCUCCGGCAGAUCCGGUCUGACUUUGUGACCCUGCCAUUCCAGGGAGCAGAAGUCCUUCUGGACAGCGUGAUGCCCCUGUCAGACGACGAGCACUUCUCACCUGAGGCGGAUGCAGCUGUGAGCGAGAUGACGGGAAACACAGCGUUGCUGGCUCAGGUGACAAAUUACAGUCCGACUGGCAUUCCCCUGAUUCAGCUCUGGAGUGUGGUUGGAGAUGAAGUGGUGUUGAUAAACCGGUCGCUGGUGGAGCGAGGACUUGCUCAGUGGGUAGACAGCUACUACUCAAGCCUCUGACCCCGGCCCCCGCAGCCCUCGAGUCUCUUUUGCACUGUUGAAACUGGGUUUGGCACUCAAAGCAAAGACUUUACGUCACAAUAACAAAUGUUGUCUUCCUCAGAAAGUCUUUUUUUCGUAUGGUAGUCGUGUUGAGGAGGUUUCGUCUCUGAGACAAGGAAGGAGCAGUGGGUUCUUUUUAAAGCCAUAGGAUGGUGUUGAACAAGCCAGGCGGGUUAACCUGUUCUAAGCUGUAAAAACACAUGGAAGGAAAACUCUCGACCAAGUUGUCCUGUUCCCCUCCGCUCCAUUCCUCUCUUCCUUCCCUGCUCCUCCCCUCAGACCAGCCAACUGGAGCAGACAGGCCAAGGGAUGUGUUGCUUGUUUGAAAGGGUUUCUUAUGCUUCACAGUCUUUCUUCAGGGAGCAAGACAUGAACUAAUUGGUAUUGAUUACCUGUACAGCUGACAUAAAUGGAUUUAUGAUGUUUCACCAGUUUUUAUGAACUUCACCUAGAUGUCUAAGGGGCAGACUUUUUAAUACAUAUGUAGAUACAAAGCAGCCGUUCCUCUCUGGCCUUGUCCGUGGGAGGAGGGGAGUGUUUGUUAUCUGUCCCGGCCUGGUUGUGGUUUGUAACCAUUUUCUAUUUGUGCAAGCUCUGUAAAUAUAUGUUUAAAAAAAUGUAAUAUUUUAUACAAGAUACACUGGAGAACAAAGGGAACUCAAGAUUUUUCCACACCCUAUGUCAUCCUUGAGCAGAAGUUACUUCCGCAGCAUCCAGCUGCCCAGCAGCGCCUCCUGCUGGGGCUCCUGUGCCGUCUGCAUACUGAACAGGGUGACGCUAUGAUACAUAUGUGAUCCG